GUGAAGGCGAUCCCAAUACCAUUUCAGAUUUGAAAAAUAAUAAUAAUUGAGACGCUCGUCUUUGUUCCAUAUCUUCCUCUUGACAAUGCCUGUCAUUCCUGAGACAUCCGACUUUCCGUCGGCCUCGAAGAAGGGUUCCACCGAGUCCCAGACCAAGUCGGGCGAGCAACGAGAGAAAGCAUCUGCGAUGGACCAUCUUUCGAAGGGACCCCAGAUACCAGACGAGAUGCCACCCAAGGCGUCGAGGGAAGAGACUGAGGCCCGGAUGAAGGAACUGAACAAAUCGAAAGAUUGAAUAAUUUUAUUUAUGGAACAACUUGAACUAAUGCUGCAUACUGAUCUCCUGUAACUACCCCGUCAAAUGAGC